GAUGUUGAACAUGACUUGCAGCUGACGGCUAACUUCCAUUAGCUAAAUACAUAAAUCUACAUUCAAAAUGAGCUGUCCUUUUGGUUUUGGCGAAUUAAAUAUACCAUCUUCUCGAGCUUUUUGGGACGACUGCGAUGAGGACGAGAUUCCUUCAACUGAACCGGAGAGAUUACAGUUAAGUAUUGCAUCUCGUGCGGAGCUAGAUAAAGCAAUUUCGAAAACGAAUCUGCUGCUAGUGAUUGAAGGUCUUAAUAUAUCCAAUUUCGCUGAAUCUGUACUGUUGAAAGAUUCCAAAAAACUGGCAGGAAUACCAAGUAAAAAAUCAUCUCUACAUUUCAUAGAUAACAACGCAACUAUGAUAGCUAUCGUGGAAGAAGAUUUAAGCAAAAGUGGCGAAAUCACUGAGCUGCUUAUAUCAGAGAAAAUUGCUUCUGCCCCCAAAGAAGUAGUCACGUUGUCAAUUAAACCCAAAGUAGAUUACAAGAGUGAAAACAUUACUGCAGUACGAGACGAAAUUACCUUCCUUAGGUCAUUGGCAAGUAAAGUAAAUUACGUAGAAUCGCUCGAAGCACCAAAUUUCAUUUGCGGCGUGACAGCAGGGAUUGCUUCUUGGCGUUUUAGCGAAGGCUUAAAAGUUCAAGUUUUCCUAGCUUAUACAGACAACGUAGCUUUGGAUUACUUGGCCGCAAAACCUAUAAUAAAACUACUACAUGAUUUAGAUAUUAAUUGCGCAGAUAUUUACAAUUUCAAAAAGUCUGACGACUCUCACUUGUAUAUGUAAUUUAUGUUCGUUUAAUUAAACUUAAGGAACGGUGCUUGAUUUUUUUUCAGAAUUUUCUUUUUAUUUCAAACUUACAAAAUAUAAUAUAGUAUGUGGACAGA